GGGGAGGGUCCCAUCGCAGAGCGCGGCAGCAGCGGCGGCAGCUCCCAUCUCUCCAGCCCUUCAGUCAGCGGAGUCGGCCGAGGGAGGACCGACACUGAGAAAAAAGAAAGAAAAGAAGCCCCCACCCCCCUCCCCCCCCUCUUGUCUCUGUGAAUGAGUGAAAUCCACACGGCCGAAGUCGGCGAGAGGAGCGCUUCACCGUGCCUCAGUGUGCGCGCCCGCGCGUGUGCAGUCUUGUGUUCCGUUACAGGAACAGAAAAAAUAAUAAUAAUAAUAAAAAUAAAAAAAACGUGUUGAUCGCAAGGACGUUUCACUCUUGAGGCAAAAGCUACCAGAAGCGCAAACCGGAGGGAGAACGCGAUGAACGCGAUCAGAGAUUAUUUCCCUCUCCUGCUCGUUGUGGCGGCGGCGGCUGCGGCGACGGACACGGGCGCCGAAGCAUCUGCCUCUGAGGAUGCUCCAUCAAUCACCCCGGGGGGCCCUCCGGAGAACAGAGCCAGCUUGUACUCCACCACCCAGGACUCAGAAAGGAGACUCCCCGUGGUGUCCACCGCCCCACCUCUCACCAUCCUGAACCACCACCCUCUCUACAGAAACCCCCCCCGACACCAGGCACCACUCGGCCCCUAUGGUCAGCCAAACUACUUUGAAGACAGCGGAGGAUCCAGCUCACAUCUAACCGCUCAUACUACCUUCCCCACCGCACCUUCUGGCACUCCACUGGGUAAUGCUGAUAAAAGGGCUUCAGAUGAGAGCGCUGAAGGCUCUAACAUGAAAACAACCCUUGUCAUGCAUGCAUUAGCAUCCACUCCUCACUCCAACUCCCCCAUUCCAGGCACCACAGCAGUUCUAAAGCAUCCAGGACAUGCUCUAGCCAUCCCCUCUGCUACUGGUUCAAGGGAGAAAGAUGUAAUGAGUCCAGAUCAACCUGGAGGCAGUGACAAAGAGGAGACAACCACCACCACUAUCACCACCACCACCAUCAUCACCACCAUGCAGAGCCCAGUUCCCUGCCAGAUGAACCUGACCGGGCCAGAAGGAUACAUAGAGGCUCCCCCACAGCCCAGCUCUGCCUUUCACUCCACUUUGGACUGCAGUUACAUUAUCACUGUCUAUUUGGGCUAUGGAGUGGAGGUCCAGGUGAUGAAUGUGAAUCUAUCUGAGGGCGACAAGGUGGUGUUGGAAGACGUGGGCUACGGGGAGAACACCAUGCUGGCCAACGAGUCCAUUCUGAUGAGGGGGUUGGUGGUGCGGAGCCACAGCAAUCAGAUCUCCAUCCGCUUCCACAGCCCGAGGCCCCGUGCUGGAUCAGUCCUGCUCCGAUACCAAUUCUUUGUGUUGAGCUGUGUCUUCCCCCAGCGGCCUCUUUAUGGCGACGUGUCAGUGAGCAGUCUCCAUUCUGGUGGGGAGGCGUUCUUCUCCUGCCUGACUGGCUACAAGCUGCAAGGCCACAGUGUGCUGACCUGCCGCAAUGCUAGCACCCCCUAUUGGAGUGGCAAGGAACCACACUGCCUAGCUGCCUGCGGUGGUGUGAUGAGGAACGUCACAGUAGGUCGGAUCAUCUCUCCCGGCUUUCCCAGCAACUACAGCAACAACCUGACGUGCCACUGGCUGCUGGAAGCUCCCGAGGGCCAAAGACUUCACAUUCACUUUGAAAAGGUGGCGCUGGCUGAAGAUGAUGAUCGGCUACUGAUCAAGAAUGGUAACAGCAUAGAUACAGCUGCUCUGUAUGAUUCCUAUGAGGUGGAGUAUUUGCCUAAUGAAGGUUUGCUCAGCUCAUCGAGGCAUCUUUUCAUUGAGCUGACUACAGAUGCAACAGGCACAUCCACUGGCAUUGCCAUCAGGUACCAAGCCUUUGCAGCAGGCCACUGCCAUGAGCCCUUUGUGAAGUACGGUAACCUGACCAGUAGCGACAACACCUGGGCAGUGGGAGCUGUGGUGGAGUUUGCCUGUGACCCUGGCUAUACUCUGGAGCAGGGAUCUGUCACCAUUGAAUGCAUGGAUCCCAACAACCCCCAAUGGAAUGAGACAGAGCCCGCCUGCAGAGCUGUGUGUAGUGGCGAGAUCACAGAUUCAGCUGGAGUGGUGCUCUCUCCUAACUGGCCUGAAGCCUACGAUAAAGGCCAAGAUUGUAUCUGGGGAAUCCAUGUCGAGGAGGACAAGAGGAUCAUGCUGGACAUUCAAGUGUUGAACAUCGGGAAGAAUGACCUGCUGACCUUUUAUGACGGAGACGACCUCACAGCCAAAGUGCUGGGUCAGUAUGGAGGGUCGAAGUCUCACUUUAAGCUCUACACCUCCACUGCGGACAUCACCAUCCAGUUCCAGUCUGACCCUGCCACCAAUGUCUAUGGCUAUGGCAACGGCUUCGUAGUGCACUUCUUCGAGGUAGCUCGUAACGACACCUGCCCCGAGCUACCAGAGAUCUCCAACGGAUGGAAGAGUGCGUCCCACCCUGAGCUGGUCCAGGGCACCGUGGUGACCUACCAGUGUUACCCAGGUUAUCAGGUGGUGGGUGCAGAGCUGCUCAUGUGCCAAUGGGACCUCACCUGGAGCGGUGACCUACCAAGCUGUGAAAGGGUGGUGUCUUGCGUUGACCCUGGGAAAGUGGAUCACAGCAGGAGGGUGCUCUCAGGUCCCCACUUCACUGUGGGUUCGACCAUCCAGUACAUCUGUGACAAGGGCUUCACUCUGUCUGGAAACAGCCUGCUCACCUGCUUCAACCGCGGAUCCUCAGGCCCCAAGUGGAACCAGAAACUGCCCAGAUGCCUGCCUGAGACCUUUGAGCCCUGCAGUCACCCAGGGACCCCCACCUAUGGGAUCCCCAGCUCCAGCAAGCUCCACUUCAAGGCAGGAGACACUCUCCACUACUCCUGCCUGGCCGGCCACCAGCUGCUGGGUGAACCUGUUCUCCACUGUGUCCCUGGACACCCAUCCCAGUGGAGUGGGCUGCCACCUGUCUGCAAAGCCCACCCUGGGGGGUAUGAUGAGCGCAGAUUAGAUGUAUCUACUACAGACAUCAGAGUGGAGGGGGACCAAGUGGCGUUUGCGGUCUUCAUCCCUGUCAGCCUUCUCCUCAUCCUCAUAAUUGGGAUGUACAUCUACUUCUCAAAGGUUCAGAAUAAAUCACUACGACUCUCCCUGUCCUCCAAUUUACCAUAUGAAAACAUCCCUGGAGAAUCUGCAGUCGACAGCUCCGUUCAUGAGACAACGAACAAUGAGGAAACAAGAGAGUACGAGGUUUCGAUCUGAAGACGCCAGUGUGUGUGUUUCAGUAUGGACAGAUAAGAGGCCCGCUGGCCUUUUCAAUGUCCGUCAGACUCAUACCUUUGGUGACUCAUUUGACACCUCCACCCCUGUUCUCUGUACACUGAAUAUGAGCCUCCCUUUAUUUACCCUACAGAGGACACCCCGCCGCCCCUGGAAAGGCUGGGCCACUGGAUUAUUUUUCUAGCUCUUCAACAGUAACAGUCCAGCAGCAGCAGUUUGUACAGUUUUUAAUCCUGUGCUUGCAUCCUGAGGACUUUCAGUGCAAGCAACAUCCCAGAAAGCAGAAGAGAUCAAUGCGAAGCUAGUGCCAUGAACUGCAUAUAACCACAGAUGUUGCGUUGUGUAAUGUACAUUAUACACUAUAUGUCGUCUGCCAUUAUUUAAAUAACAAUGCUUAUGUGUUUAAGGGAUGUCUAUUAAGAGUAAGAUCCUUCACUGAAAAACAACUAUGUUUGGUUUUAUCAAAGGUUGCCAAAAAUCAUUGAGUUCAUGCGACCCCUUGAAUUAAGAAAUCAGAAUGUGCCUUAAAUAAAAGGCCGUUGAAGGAAGAACUUAAUGUCUGGGAAUAGAUGAGAAGAUUGAUAUCAUUCACAUCCAUUCAUUUUAUGUGCACACCUUGAAUCACCUCGCUUCGUUGUUUACUCUUGCAAACAUAAUCUAACCUUGUCCUGAUCAGAUCUGUGUUGAACACGGAGUCAUAAAAUUGGUAUCAAUCUUCCCGUUCGGUUCAGAGAAAGAAAGAUUUCAGAUUGUCAAUAAACUUUGCCCCAGAAACAACAUCCAGCUCCCAUGGGAAUCCUGAAAGUUUCCAUUUUAAAAUGACAAAACUGAUUUCAUAGGACUAUAAGACAAAGACAUUUUGAUUUUUCUACUUGGUGUGAGUUUUCCCCAUGUGUUAAACUGUCUAUGAAGCUAAAGAAGAUUACCCACCAAGGCAACCUGUUGUUAAUAUUGCCAUUGCCUGUCUGCAGGUUGCGUCUAAAUUUAGACCAUUACUGUCGUUCAAACAUACAGUAUAUAUUGUCUUAGGAGAAAACAGUAUGUAUCCAUGCAAGCUGGUGUGAUGACAAUGACUAUAAUGACCCUAUUUUUGAUUCAAUGCGCAUAAAGGACUGAUCAAGCAAAUUCAUAAACAUCUUCAAUUAAAAAGAUAUUGUUCA